UUAAGGCGAUAACAGCUCAGUAACAGACAUGUUUGUUAGCAGCAAAAUCGCUAUUUUAUUGAGUGUUGUGGCGAACUAUUGUUAUGGGUAUAGAAUUCUCGUGGUAUUUCCAGUGCCAGGGAAAAGUCACUCCAUACUCGGAGAGGGGUAUGUCAGGCAUUUACUGGCAGCUGGACAUGAGGUGACUUACAUAACACCGGUUCCUAUGAAAGAACCACCUCCAAGACUACGCCAGGUUGAUGUAUCUGAAAAUUUGAAAUAUCUCGCUGUAGAUGAAAUGUUCGACAUAAAGCAGUUAAUGACCAAGUUAGAUAAUAUACAGGAAUAUAUGCCGUUCCAUAAAGCGAUGGAAAAUAUGAUGUACCAAACGUACCAACUGCCUGUCUUACAAAGGUUUAUAAAUGAUCCUAAGGAACGGUACGAUGUUGCUGUUGUGGAGUGGCUUUACUCGGAAUUGUCUGCUGGGUUCUCGACAGUCUUCAACUGCCCAUACAUCUGGGCAUCCUCGAUGAUCCCACACACAGCAGUGCUGUCCCUGAUAGACACCCACGUCAACCCAGCGUAUAGUGUCGAUCACUUAUCCUUUCACUACACCACCACAUUCUGGGAUAGAUUGGAGCACUGGCGCUUCAUCACUAAACUGACGUAUUACAGAUGGUCUACACGUAACGAAUUCGACGAAAAGAUGAAGAACGUAUUCGGAGCGGCCACGGUCAAAAGGGGAAACCGACUACCGCACUUUGACGACGUCAGAUACAACGCAUCCCUGAUGCUUGGUAACUCCCACGCAGUUACAGGCGACAGGAUCGCUUUACCAGAGAACUAUAAACAUAUCGGAGGAUACCAUAUGAAAGAAGUGGAUGAACCUCUACCAAAGGAUUUACAAAAGCUCAUGGACGAAUCAAAGAAUGGUGUUAUCUACUUCAGCAUGGGUACCAUGUUAAAAAGCAGUCGGAUACCAGACCACAUCAAGAGGAACCUACUGAAUAUGUUUGGAGAACUAAAGCAAACUGUGAUUUGGAAGUUGGAACAAGUAAUACCGGAUGUGCCAAAGAACGUGCAUGUUACUACCUGGGCUCCACAGCAAAGCAUUUUGGGUCACCCUAAUUGCAUACUCUUCAUCACACAUGGAGGUCUCCUGUCUAUAAUGGAAACCCUGAGUGCUGGUGUACCCAUCAUAGGAAUGCCGUUCUACGCUGACCAAUUCCUUAAUAGCGAAAGAGCAGAGGCUAGGGGCUUUGGAAUGCGGAUAGACUUUGAUGAAAACGUUGCUGAGAGUCUAAGAGUUGCCAUAAAGGAAAUGGUGGAAAAUCCAAGUUACCGGCAACGCGUGGAAGAACUUUCUCCCAUCUUUAAAAACAACAUUGUAACUCCGGGACAGCAGCUGUCCUAUUGGGUCGAGUACGUGAUCAAAACUAAAGGCGCCUUCCACCUUAGAUCGCCGGCAUUACAAGUCAGCUGGUACAAAACCAUUCACUUAGAUUUAGCACUCGUUUUACUAUUAGGAGUUAUUUUAUGUUUCAAACUUUGUGAAUGUCUGUUUAGGUUAGUAAGAAAAGGCGAAAGUCCUAAAAAGAAAAGAUCUUAAUUAAUUAUUAAAUUGUAUUUUAGCUAUACU